AUGCAAGGAGCGAAAGCAAUUCAUGAAAGAAGCUGUCUCCAAACGCAACGCCUUCGCCGCCGCACACUCUUCCUACGCCAUGUCCUUAAAGAACACUGGCGCCGCCCUCAACGACUAUGCCCAAGGCGAAAUCCCCCUAGCUCCUCAUCCUCUGCCCCCACCAUCAUCCAACCUCCUUCCUCCUCCGCCGCUGCAGCACCUCCUCCUCCUCCGCCUCCUCCCUCUGUCUUGCCUCCGCCGGCCCCUGAUGAUUUCCAGCCUUUACAGCGGGCGGUGAGCAUGCCGGAGAUGAAGAUUCAGAACACGGAGAUGAAGGCGCCGGAGGAGACGAUUAAUGAAGAGGAAGAGAUGGAAUUCGAAGCUCAUGAUAACGAGAGGUUAGUGAGAAAGAGAAGUAGUAAUAAUAACAGAGGCAGUACUGGUGGUAACAGAGGAACUUCUGUACAAGAAAAUCACCAUCAACAGCAACAGCAACAGCAACAUCACCAAGAUUCCACUUGGGAUUAUUUCUUUCCGCCACCGGAUAGCAUUCCUGGACCGAGUUUGGCGGAACCACCAGAGAUGGAGGAAGAGGUGAGAGUGACCAAGGAGCAGGUGCAGAGAAAAGUGUACGAGGAAAAGGUGGAGCCACUACCGAUGGUGGUGGAGGAGAAGGUGGAGAAGGCGAUGGAAGUUCCAGUGCCGGAGAAGAAGGCGGGGAGGAAGGUGGGAGGAGGGGAAGGAGGGAGGAGGAUUGGGAAAGUUAUGAGCUUGAUGCAGAUAUUCGUGGAGCUUGAUGAUCAUUUUUUGAAGGCAUCUGAGAGUGCCCAUGAGGUUUCUAAGAUGUUGGAGGCAACGAGAUUGCAUUAUCACUCUAAUUUUGCUGACAAUAGAGGACAUAUUGAUCACUCUGCAAGAGUGAUGCGUGUUAUUACAUGGAAUCGAUCAUUUAGAGGUGUUCCUGAUCUUGAUGAUGGAAAGGAUGAUUUCGACAGAGAAGAGCAUGAAACUCAUGCAACCGUGCUGGAUAAGAUGCUGGCUUGGGAAAAGAAGCUUUAUGAUGAAGUGAAGGCAGGUGAAUUGAUGAAGUACGAGUACCAAAGGAAGGUUAAUUCAUUGAAUAAGCAGAAGAAAAGAGGCACAAACACUGAAUCACUAGAGAAAUUAAAAGCAACUGUAAGCCAUCUGCAUACGAGAUACAUUGUAGACAUGCAAUCAAUGGAUUCAACGGUUUUAGAGAUAAACCGUUUACGUGAUGAACAAUUAUAUCCCAAACUUGUUCAGCUUGUUGACGGUUUAGAUGGUUUUAGGCUCAAUCAUGCCAUCAAAGUCUCUGUAGAUAAAUGUAGUGAAGGUUGCAGAAGGAUGGCCACGAUGUGGGAAACCAUGCAAGUUCACCAUGAGGCUCAGUCUAAGAUUGUAAAUAUGCUGAAAUCUUUGGACAUUUCACAAUCCCCCAAGGAAACUAGUGAGCACCACCAUGAUCGUACCUUUCAGCUCUUGGUUGUUGUGCAAGAGUGGCAUUCACAGUUUUGUAAACUUAUAGAUAAUCAGAAAGGGUAUAUAAAGGCCUUGAACAGUUGGCUAAAGCUGAACCUCAUUCCCAUAGAGAGCAGUUUGAAGGAAAAGGUUUCUUCUCCUCCAAGAGUUCAGAACCCCUCCAUCCAGCCACUUCUUGUUGCUUGGCAUGAUCUUUUGGACAAGCUUCCAGACGGGGUUGCAAGAACUUCUAUAAAUAAUUUUGCCGCUGUAGUUCAUACCAUUCUCCAACAUCAAGAAGAAGAGAUGAAAUUGAAAGAGAGAUGUGAUGAAACAAGAAAGGAACUUAAGCAGAAGAGCAAGAAAUUUAACGACUGGUAUAAUAAGUAUAUGCAGCAAAGAAUACCUGACGAAUUGGAUCCUGAAAGGACAGAAGACAGCUCUCACAAUGAUGCACUUGCAGAGAGACAAUUUGUGGUGGAUUCAUUGAAGAAACGCUUGGAAGAGGAGGAAGAAGCCUAUCAUAGGCACUGCCUUCAGGUGAGGGAGAAAUCUUUGGCAAGUCUUAAAACUCGCUUGCCUGAGCUCUUUAGGGCUAUGUCUGAUAUUGCUCAAUCUUGUUCAGAAAUGUACAGGAAAUUGAGUUCUAUAUCACAUCGCCGGAAUGUAAAUUAG